AUACACGACGCAGCCGGGACUCCGUGUGAGCGGAGCUGAAUGGAGGCAGCCUCUCUUCCUGGUGGAUAAACAGUGACAGCUACAGGGCAGCCACUUAGACCCGCCACACAGGCUCUGCCGCUGCCCUGGCAAACAACACCAAAAUGGCUUCAGACAGUACACUCAUCGCGCAGUUGACUUCUGAACUGUACUUCCUAAUAGCCCGAUUUCUAGAAGCUGGACCGUGUCAGAAAGCAGCCGAGACCCUGAUAAGGGAGGUGGAGGAGAAGGAGCUGCUCCCCAUAAGGCUGGACUGGACCGGGCAGGAGCACCCCGGGACCUACGAAAAUUUGGUAAAGCUUCACCGGCACAUCAGUCCAGACCACCUGCUGCAGGUCUGCUCCAGAGUUUGUCCCCUGCUGGAGACGGAGGUCCCCGCCAGCGUGCCUGGACUCAGCAGCCUGCUGGGGGCCGGCCGGCAGAAUCUCCUCCGCACCAGCAAGAGCUGCAAGCAUGUCGUGUGGAAGGGCUCGGCGCUGGCUGCGCUGCACUGUGGACGCCCGCCGGAGCCGCCCGUUAUCUACGGGAGCCCACCUAGCAUUGUCGAGACGAGCUUCGGCCGCCGACUGAACGGCUCCUACCGCCUCCGGCACCUGGUGCCCACGGUCGUGUACCUGCACAUGAAGAUGCACAAGAGGAUCCUGGGACACCUGUCGUCAGUGUACUGCGUCACCUUCGACAGGACGGGGCGGCGCAUCUUCACGGGCUCAGACGACUGCCUGGUGAAGAUCUGGGGAACGGACAACGGCCGUUUGCUGGCGACGCUGCGCGGCCAUGCUGCCGAGAUCUCCGACAUGGCCGUCAGCUACGAGAACACCAUGAUCGCCGCCGGGUCCUGUGACAAGACCAUCAGGGUGUGGUGCUUACAGACCUGCGCCCCUCUGGCCGUCCUGGAGGGACACACGGCCUCCAUCACCUCACUGCAGUUUUCGCCUCUCUGUUGCGGCUCAAAGCGCUACCUGUCCUCCACCGGUGCCGACGGCAUCAUCUGCUUCUGGCAGUGGGACGCACGCACGCUCAAGUUCUGUCAGAGGCCCAGUAAAUUCACAGAGCGCUCCAGACCUGGUGUCCAGAUGAUCUGCUCCUCCUUCAGCGCCGGUGGUAUGUUCCUGGCCACAGGAAGCACGGAUCACAUCAUUCGGGUGUACUACUUCGGGUUAGGCCAACCAGAGAAGAUCUCUGAACUUGAAUCCCAUACAGACAAAGUUGACAGCAUCCAGUUCUCUCAUUGCAGUGACAGGUUUGUAAGCGGCAGCAGGGAUGGUACAGCACGGAUCUGGCAGCUGCAGCCUCAGGGCUGGAGGAGCAUUCUGCUGGACAUGCAGACCAAAUUACCCGGGAAGUACAACCCUCCUCCGCUGGAAGACAAGGUGACCAAGCUGAAGGUUACAAUGGUGGCGUGGGAUCGCCACGACGGCAUGGUGAUCACGGCGGCCAACAAUCUGACGCUGAAGGUGUGGAACUCCACCACUGGCAACCUCGUCCACGUCUUGAUGGGUCACGAGGACGAGGUGUUUGUCCUGGAGCCGCACCCCUUUGACCCAAGAAUCCUGUUCUCAGCGGGGCAUGAUGGGAACUGCAUUGUGUGGGACCUGGCCAGGGGAGUCAAGAUCCGCUCCUAUUUCAACAUGAUCGAGGGCCAAGGGCAUGGAGCGCUGUUUGACUGCAAAUGUAGUCCAGAUGGGCAGCAUUUUGCAGCCACCGACUCCCAUGGACACUUGCUCAUCUUUGGCUUCGGCUCCAGUAGCAAGUACGACAAGAUAGCGGACCAGAUGUUCUUCCAUACCGACUACCGGCCGCUGAUCCGGGAUGCCAACAAUUACGUGCUGGACGAGCAGACUCAGCAGGCGCCACACCUGAUGCCCCCUCCCUUCCUGGUGGACGUGGACGGGAACCCCCACCCCCCCAGAUACCAGCGGCUGGUGCCCGGCAGGGAGGGCUGCAGGGACGAGCAGCUCAUCCCGCAGAUGGGGGUCACUUCCUCAGGCCUGAACCAAGUGGUGAGUGAGCAGGCGGUGGACGGUUCCAGUCCUCUGGACACGAUGAUUCAGAGGCUGCUGCAGGAACAGGACCAGAGACUGGGAACAAAUGACACCAGGUCCAACAGAGGAUCGGUGGGUUCGCCCACGGAGGUGCACUCUCCGCCCAACGUGGGUCUGCGUCGCAGCGGGCAGAUCGAGGGCGUCCGCCAGAUGCACAGUAACGCCCCGCUCAGCCAGAUGGCCACAGAGGGAGACCUGGUGGCCUGGAGCCGCAGGGUGCUGGUCCCCGAGCUGGAGGACGCCUCCGUCAGGAGACAGAUCACCUGGCGUGAGGCUAAAGGGGAGGAGGAGAUCAAUAUUUAUCAGUCAGAAAGGAGGCGACGUACCAUCCACUCCCUCCCUAAGGAGAGCAGGGGUCAUCAGACAUCUGAGUCGGUUGACGAAGCGAGGAGGAGCCAGGGUAACCACGGCUACCACACGCGUGCCGCCAUGGAGGAGACGAGCCGCCAGAGCGCCGAGGCUGCCGAUGACGACGAAGACACCUCGGAGGGAGAGGUGGAGGUGCGUCAAAUCAACGGGCAUUCCUCAGAGGAGGAGAAGGAGGAGGCGCAAAAGGAGCCCUGGCCGGAUGACCACAGUAGUUCGAGCGACUACUCCAGCGAUUACUCCGACUGGACGGCGGACGCGGGGAUCAACCUCGAGCCGCCCAAGAAGAGCGUGAAAGUGAAGAAGAAAAGCAGCGGCUCCGAGGAGGACGGAGAGAAGAAGAGGGACGGGAAGAAAGAGAGAAAGAAAGACAAAGCAGACAAGGACGAGGUGUUACCAAAGAAGCAGCAGCCAAAGGAGAAGAGGAAGAGGACAGAGUUUCAGGAGCAAGGGCUGACUCUGGAGGAGUGGCUUCCUUCUGCCUGGAUCACAGACACAGUCCCCCGGAGAUGUCCUUACAUACCCCAGAUGGGAGACGAGCUAUACUACUUCAGACAGGGCCAUGAAGCCUAUGUGGAGAUGGCGAAACAAAAGAAGAUUUACAGCAUCAAUCCCAAGAAGCAGCCCUGGCACAAGAUGGAGCUACGGGAGCAGGAGUUGAUGAAGAUAGUGGGCAUCAAGUACGAGGUCGGCUUGCCCACACUGUGCUGUCUGAAGCUUUCCUUCCUGGACCCCGACACCGGCAAACUGACCGGAGGAUCCUUCUCCAUGAAAUACCACGACAUGCCUGAUGUCAUCGACUUCCUGGUACUGCGCCAGCAGUUUGACAAUGCCCGAAAGAGGCAGUGGAGCAUAGGUGACAGGUUUCGGUCAGUGAUUGAUGACGCCUGGUGGUUUGGGACCAUUGAGAGCCAGGAGCCCUUCCAGCCUCAGUACCCUGACAGCCUGUUUCAGUGCUACAAUGUCUGCUGGGACAAUGGAGACACGGAAAAGAUGAGUCCUUGGGACAUGGAGCCUAUCCCUGAUGAUGCCACCUUCCCUGACGAGUUGGGCACGAGCGUCCCGCUGGUAGAAGAGGAGCAGAAGGAGCUGCUGUACGUCCCGCUGGACGGGGAAUGGGGCUGCCGCACACGCGCAGAGGAGUGCGAGCGCAUCAUCAAAGCCAUCGACCAGCUGUGCACGCUCGAUGUGGCAGCGCCGUUUGCCUUUCCAGUGGACCUCCAAGCCUACCCCACAUACUGCACGGUGGUGGCCUACGUCACUGACCUCAGCACCAUACGCGAAAGGCUGGUGAACCGUUGCUACAGGCGACUGUCCUCUCUGAUGUGGGAGGUUCGUUACAUCGAACACAACGCCCAAGCGUUCAAUGAGCCCGGAGCGUUCAUCGUCACAACUGCCAAGUUUGUCUCCGACCUCAUGCUGCAGUUCAUAAAGGACCAGAAUAUGACCACCCUCAUGCCCCUCUAUAAAUCUAUGAAGAAGGCUACCUUCUCUGACUCUGAAGACGAGGAUGAUGAGGAGGAGGAUGAAGAUACUAAUACUCCUGGAACAUCCACGCGAAACCAUAAGGGUCGACGACCCACGCAGCGGCAGCUGCGGACCCGGCCCCCGUCGUAUGACCCCCAUGCCUGGCGCGGUCGCUGUAAGGAGCUGCUGGAUCUCACCUUUCAGUGUGAAGACUCGGAGCCCUUCAGAGAACCCGUGGACCUACAGGAAUACCCGGACUACCUGCAAAUAGUUGACUCACCGAUGGACUUCAGCACCGUUCUCAAGACACUCAAAGAAGGAAAGUACCAAUCUCCCAUUGAGCUCUGCAAAGAUGUCCGGCUCAUUUUCAGCAACUCCAAAGCUUACACGCCCAGUAAGAAGUCUCGGAUCUACAGUAUGAGUCUGAGGCUCUCUGCUCUGUUUGAGGAGCAUGUCAGCUCCAUCCUUGCCGACUACAAGGCCAUCCACGGCCUGACGAAUAAACUGACCAGGCAGGGCACAGACAGACAGGCACGACACACUACGGACAGGCCGACACGGCACGCCAUGAAGAGGAGGAGGAGGAGGAGCGAAUCUCCAACGAGCAGCACCGCGUCCAGUCCAGAGAGAAAGAGGCGUGUAUCAUCCAGGGUGAGCGGAAAAAAGGAGCCAUCACCGCCUCCGCCGCCUUCACGGCUCUCCUCUCUGAGACAGAGCAUCCCCGUCAAACAGCCCCCUCAGCUGGUCAACGGGAAGGCUGACACGCCGACCGCAGGGCGCACACGGAGCGCGGCGCGGCAUUCUGCACACUCUCCGCCCUCCUCAUCCUCCUCACAUAAUGCCGCAAGCAGCACUCAGAGCCCAGCAGAGUCUACUCGCUCACUGAGGACUCAUAACUCUGCGUCAGCCUCAUCGACAUCAGCUUCUGAGAAGGUGACACCCUCUCCAGCCGCAGAAAGUAGCAGUGGAGGAAGCACCCGGAGGAAACUCAGGACUCCUGUACGACUCACGCCUGGCUCCACUGCCAGCCCUCCAUCUCAGAGCACAGUCCACCUGAAUGGCCACAGUAGUCAUGUGAGCCUGGGAGUGGGCAGGAGGGGGCGGAAAUCCAAAGUGGAGCCACCAUCGAGUCCUCCAGAAGUCACGACUCCGGGGAGCCCGUCCAGAACCCGAGGCCGCCCUGCGGGCAAGAAGAGGGGCAGGAAGAGCAAGCAGGAGCAGGAGGAGAUGAGAAGGAGCGGCAAACGCAGGAGCUCCACCCCUGACGACGAGCUCGACCAAUCGACGGGGGACGAAGGUGGGGCGUUGUCUGCACAGGAAACAUCUGUGCUGUCGGACUCUGGCACGGCGUCGACGCCGAGGCGGCGCGGACGGCCCCGAGCGGUCAGGAAUGAAGAAGCCACACCUCCUGCUGAGUCACCCGAGCCCUCGCCACUGAGGAGGAGCAGCAGGAGAGCCAUCGAGGAGGUCACGCCUUCUCCGCAGACCGCUCCUCAGCGAUCCAAACGGAGGGAGUCUCCAGAGGACGAGGAGGGGGACGAGGAGGGGGACGAGGAGGGGGACGAGGAGGGGGACGAGGCAGGGGACGAGGCGGGAGGGUCGAUGCGCACACGCAACCAGGGGCGACGGUCUGCCUGGUACGUGGAGGAGGACUCCGAGGAGGAGCAGAGGCAGCUGUUGUUUGAGGACUCGUCCAUCACUUUCGGCACCUCCUCAAAGGGACGCGUCCGUAAGUUGACAGAAAAGGCCAAAGCCAACCUCAUAGGCUGGUAACAGAGGCAACCGAACCGACGCACAAGGAUGCGAGGAGGAGGCCGAUGGCCAUGACGGAGAAGAAGUCGGGAUGAGAUUUCUCUUCUCUCUUCCGCGUCGGCUGAGUCGAGGGAGUCAUGCUCUGUGUUGUUACGCGUCUGUGUGCGUGUUCGUCCCGGGAGCUGCUUGUCCAGCUGCUGCUGUUCAAAGCUGUGGCGAUGGAGAGACGGAGACAGCGGCAGUUAUCUGUGCGCUCCUCCUUCCUCUUGGCACAUUGCUGCUGCCAAACCGGCGGCUUCCCGACAACGCAUGUUCAUCUGUCCCAACUCCUCCGACAUUAUUGGUCCAUGUUGGACCCCACGGGAGCUCACUGACUCCAUCGCUGGUGGUCCUGGGAGUCGCUCCUGUCCAGUGAACCACUCUUCACCUCCGUCUGCCCUUAAACACUGUUGGCGUUGGACCGGGCAAAAAAAAAAAAAAAAAAAAAAAAAAAA